CACUCGUUUUUAUCAACAUUUUCAAACGCGACAGCUCUAAAACCGCAGCAUUUUAAACAAAUUUUAACGUGUAACCGAACAAAGAUAAAAGUCUUCCCUUAUUUCCACUAGCUAAAUUUAACGUACCAGCCGGAAUCAGCUGUAACACGGAUUUUGUGUUUUAUGCGCGUGUGUGUGUGUGAGUAUUCGUGAGUCGAAUCAGAACAAGGAUAUCUGCGAAAAGAAAUUUCUGCCGAAAAGCGCAUCCGAACGACCCCAAAGAUGGACUUCAACUUUGCAGACCUGAAGAAGGAGGCAGCGGCCACCAGCGAGGACAUUUAUAACAAGGCCACGCACAAGGCUGGCCAGGCCUAUGAGGACCUGGUGGGCGGGGACGGCAGCGACGCUGGCAACGUCAGCAGUGGCGCGCAGGACGACAAUGCGCACACCGAGCACUACUUCGCCAACGAGCAGAAGAACCUGGACUUUAGUGACCCCCAGGCCUUUGUCCAGCGCAUGUCUGCCGGGGCCAAGGAGGCGCAAGAGCAGCUUGACGCCAAGUUCGCCCAGAAGACGGACGAAUUUGACGAUUUUCUCAAGGAUGCCGGCCAGAGUGCCAAGCAGGGCAUCAGCGACCUGACCAGCGACUUUAUGAACGCUGAGAGAGGAUUCUUUGGUGGUGCCGCAGCUGCUCCCACAUCUGCUGCAGCUCCGGCUCCGGCUCUUGCUCCUGCUAAGGAUAUCGCUGCAACGACUGCAGCUCCUGGUGCGAAUGUCCAUGAGGAGGACUUGCUGGGCAGCUUCAGUGAGAAGCCCGCGGCCCCACUGCAACCCUUUGAGCCCACGGCUCCGGCGAACACUAAUUUCUAUGACGAUGACUUCCUGGGCAGGCCAGCUGCUCCCCUGACCUCCGCUACUGCCGCCGUGGGUAACAAGGAUUCCGAUACAGAGUCGCCGUCCGUUUCGUACACACCGUCGCCGGCCAAGAAGCCCAUUGUGGAUGCUCUCAAGGAGCAGGACAACGAGAAGUUCAUCUCCUCCGAGGAUUUGUUGAGCGAUUUCCGGGAGGAGCGCACAGUCACCCCGCCCGUGGUGGCUCCUCCUCCAGUGCCACCACACGCUGUGAGCCCAGCUCCAGCCCCAGCACCAGCACCUGUCCCGGUCCCAGCAGCUGUAUCAGCAGCCGCUCUGGUAACCGAUCUGGACGACGAGGAGGAUUUCAAACCCCGUGUAACAGUUGCGCCCAAAGCAGAACCGAAACCGGAGCCGCCCAAGCCCGUUGCCGUACCCACACCCAAAGUGGAGACGCCCAAGCCAAGGCCAGCACCAGCUGUGCCCGCACCGGCAUCCAAAUCGCAGCCUCAGCCAAAGAUUGUGUCCGUGGAGGAGAUCUUCUACAAAUAUGGACUGGAUGCCUGGUUCAAGCCCGAACGUCUGCACCCGCAAGUGGAAUCCCUUAUCUACUGGCGCGAUGUGAAAAAAUCCGGCAUUGUGUUCGGCGCCGGCCUGAUCACAUUGGUGGCCAUCUCCAGCUUCUCCGUGAUCAGCGUGUUUGCGUACUUAUCGCUUCUGGCCCUCUUCGGCACCGUCGCCUUCAGAAUCUAUAAAUCGGUGACACAGGCCGUACAAAAGACCAGCGAUGGACAUCCUUUCAAGGAAUACCUCGAGCUGGACCUAACGCUGUCGCAGGAGAAGGUACAGAACAUUGCCGGCGUUGCUGUGGCACAUAUCAAUGGCUUCACCGCUGAGCUGAGGCGUCUGUUUCUAGUUGAGGAUUUAAUCGAUUCGAUCAAGUUUGGCGUCAUCCUGUGGGUCUUCACCUACAUUGGUGCCUGGUUCAAUGGCAUGACUCUGGUCAUCUUGGCCUUUGUCUCGCUGUUUACCUUGCCCAAGGUCUACGAGAACAACAAACAAUCGAUCGACACCUACUUGGACCUGGUGCGCAGCAAAUUGACAGAGAUCACCGAUAAGAUCCGAGUGGCCAUCCCAAUUGGCAACAAAAAGCCCGUGGCUGCUGCCGAGUCGGACAAGGACAAGUAAAAAAAACCGCACUAGCAACACCCACAGCAGCAGGAGCAGCAACAGCAGCAUGUUUAUUUAUUUAUUAAGCAUUAUUUGAAUGGUUUUAAUAUUCAUCCAGGCAUAAAUAAAUAACAAAGCUAUCAGCAACGUUUA